UAGAACCUCCGCCCCAUGCAAGCCCCGCCGCUCGCCGCGCUCGCCGGAGGCGCCUGGGCCUCCCAUCGCCCUGCCAUACUGGCGGCGCCGGCGAGCCUCCGCCGUUCCAGGCGCGGGGCCCUCCGCCUGCCCGCGUGGAGGGCGGCAGGAGGCGGCCGAGCCCCGCGGGUCCCGGCCAAGGGCGCCGUCCUCGCCUCCGACAUGGGCGCCGAGGAGGUCGUGGGGCCCUCGCCCCUGCUCGACGCGCGAAGCGAGCAAGAGCUGGUUCUACGUAUCAGAAAGGAAGUGGAGAAAGGGAAGCUGCCUGCUGAUGUCGCCCACAACUUUGAAAACCUGUUCUACAAUUACAAGAAUGCGGUCCUCAAAAAUGGAGAUCCAAAUGCACAUCAGAUCAUCCUUUCCAACAUGAUGGAUUUAUUUGAACGCGUUCUGUUGGAUGAAGAGAAUCAAUUUACAUUUCAACCUUAUCACAAGGCCAUCAGAGAACCAUUUGACUAUUACACUUUUGGUCAGAACUACAUUAGGCCGCUGGUAGAUUUUAGGAACUCUUACGUUGGCAACAUUUCUGUUUUCAGUGAUAUGGAGAAGAAGCUCCAGCUGGGUCAUAAUGUUGUUCUGAUGUCUAACCAUCAGACAGAGGCAGAUCCAGCAGUUAUAGCCUUGUCACUUGAAAGAAGCAAUCCGUGGAUUAGCGAGAACAUAGUUUAUGUUGCUGGGGAUAGGGUUCUUACUGAUCCUCUUUGCAAGCCAUUUAGCAUGGGAAGAAAUCUUCUUUGUGUGUAUUCAAAAAAGCAUAUGAAUGAUUUUCCUGAGCUAAUUGAGAUGAAGAGGAGGGCAAACACUCGAAGUCUUAAGGAAAUGGCUUUGCUUUUACGUGGCGGUUCACAUAUAAUUUGGAUAGCUCCGAGUGGUGGUAGAGACCGUCCAGACCCUUUGACUGGAGAAUGGCACCCGGCGCCAUUUGAUGCAUCUGCAGUGGAUAAUAUGAGGAGGCUUCUUGAGCACUCGGGCGUUCCCGGGCACAUAUAUCCACUAUCGUUGCUAUGCUAUGAGAUUAUGCCUCCACCACAACAGAUUGAGAAAGAGAUUGGUGAGCAAAGAGUUAUAUCCUUCCAUGGGGUAGGCUUAUCAGCAGCUGAAGAAAUAAAGUAUGGGGAUGUUACUGCUCAGACUCAGAAUGCUGACGAGGCCAGGAAGAAAUUCUCAGAGACUUUGUACAACUCAGUUGUUGAUCAGUAUAAUGUGCUCAAGUCUGCUAUCUUUAGAGAUCAUGCAGCAGCUUCGUCAAACCCUGCCAUCUCACUCUCACAACCAUGGCGAUGAAACAUAGCUUACUCAGGACUGGAUUUCUCAAUGGAGUUACCUUCAUUUCUUUCCAAAUAGAGCAGAUGAACUGCCAUAGUGCAACUUUGCAGGUUUUAGCCGCAAGGCUUCUUACGCUUUGAUGUCAUCACCCUUACUAAUCAUGGAGGCCAGAUCUCUGCAGAUCCUGUCUAAAUAUGAUUUUGCAUAGCGGAACCCAGCGGCAGAUGGUGCAUGUGUUCAUCAUUUGUGAACAAAUACUGCUUGCAUCAGUUGGCCGUCCUUUGGGCCUGAUCUGUGCACCAAUGCGAAUUGGAACCUGGAUUGUGUCGGCGGCGCUGCAGCCCGGCAUGUGGAUUUUUUUUUUCGUGUUACAAGUUAACCUGUUUUACUUUUGCCGUGUGUACAUAUUUGAUUCUUUUGCUCCAAAAUGUGGAGAUAAAGUGUACACUGUUGUCUCUCUUAAUUAAUCCUGCCAACUGGUUUUUUGCUCU